GUUCAGAUGCAGUGUAUACACGGGGAGGCUACCCAACUGCUCACAUAUCGCACCUCUCUGACAUGGCUCUGAUCAUCGUGUCUGGACUGCCAAGCUCCGGCAGGAGCUCCAGAACUGUCGAACUGGUAGCCGACUUCGAACGGAGGAUAGCGUCAACCUCUUCUGCACCAUCCUUGCCUGUAUCCCGCAUUGAGGUCGUCUCGGAUGCGACGGUGCACAACCAAAAGUCGUGCUAUUCGAAUCAGCGUCUAGAGAAACCUGCGCGAGCGUCCUACCUGUCAGCUGUCACACGAGCACUGGGCAAGGACUGCAUCACGAUCGCUGAUGGGGGUGCUGGUCUCAACAUUAAAGGCUUCCGGUACCAACUAUGGUGCGCGGCGAGGGAAGAAGGCGUUCGUUGCGUGUCCGUACAAGUACACGCGCCUCCAGAAACGUGCAAGGAAUGGAACAAGCGCCGAAGAAACAGGGAAGAGGAAGCAUACGAUGAUGACACAAUCGACGAGAUGCUGCUGCGGUACGAAGAACCCAAUGAAAUGGUGCGGUGGGACCAGCCGCUCUUCAUUGUACCGUCUGUCGCCUUUACAUCUGAUGGCAUACCCGCAAAGAGCGAGGCGCAGAAAGAGCCACUACCGCUGGAUGAGAUAUGGGAUGCUGCAACCUCCGGCGCGGCCAAGAAGAAACCUGGAGUAGUUCUAGCUCAACGAUCCACCGCCGGCAGCUAUCUGACCAUACUGGAACAUGCGUCACAAGCUGUCGUCUCAGCGAUGCUGUCACAUCAACAAUCGUUUGGGCUACCCGAAAGCGGCGGGCAAGUGCGUCUAUCGGUGCACUUGGUAUCAGCAGGAAAAGAGGUGCCCCUUACUGUGAACCUGCCCGCUACCUCCAAGCCAGUCAACUUGCCGACUUUACAGCGGCUGCGACGAACGUUUGUGCGUGCCCACGGUACCGGCAACGCGAGCGUCAAUGUGCUCGGCGAUGCUGCGAGGGCAGAAGUGAACAGCGAGGAAGCAGGGGAACUGGAGAUAGCGAAGAGAUUCGCCAGCUGGUUGUGCGAGUCACUGUAAAGCUCCUAUGAUUGCAGUGCAGAGCACAUCAGACAAGUGUGCGGACGCGGUCGCAAGUGCAGAUGACAGAUAUAUCUCAGAUGACGAUGCGUGGAAAUACAGCGGCAGACUGCAAGAAAUGACGAGAUGAAAUGAAAAGAGAUUCGAGCAGAUGCAGAUUGUAAGCGUCGCAGCACAGAAGGGCAGUGUGC